AACUCCAUGGCAAGUGGAAUAUUGCCUGACGCAUCGGAAAAAGCUUCAAGGAAAGACGAUGACACAGAUCGCCCAUGUCCUGAAAAUUGUGACUGUUCGGAUGAAACAUCGCCGGUAUGCACAGACAUUUCCCAAAUACCAAAAUACUUCCGUGAUGGUAAUGAAAUAGAGAGUUUAACAGUACUCGACUCACCCUUUUUGACGUCAAUUGAUGAUGAAGAUGCAUUCGAACGUUAUGACAGAAAUCUCGAAACUCUUAUUUUUCGUCAAACAGGACUUAGCGUCGUUAACUGGGAAGCUUUCGCAAAAGUUAGGAAAUUGAAGACACUUGAAAUAUCAUCGAGUCAGUUGAAAUGCUUUGAACCGAUGGAUCUAAAAAAUUUACAAACUCUGAAUUUGUCGCGCAACAAUGAUUUAAAGUUUUGUACAACUCAAGAAUUGUUUGUGGAAAUGCCUUCCUUGGAAACAUUGGAUCUGAGAAAUUGUAGUAUUCAGGGAAUGUAUGAAUAUAUUUUCCGUGGACCAAAUGCACUUACUUACCUGAAUAUGGAUUUUAACAACAAACUGGAAGAAAUACCUAAAUACGCCUUUUCUAAUCUUUCAAGAUUACAAGAACUUCAUAUAAGCAGCUGUGGAUUACGAACUCUUUAUCCAGAGCAUUUUUCCACUGCAUAUAACGAGGGGAGUUUGAAAUCCGUGAUAGCAAUCGGAAACUAUUGGGAAUGUGAAACGAUGUGCAAGUUCGGAGAAUGGAUGGACGACAACGACGAGUUUCGCGAAUUUUUUUUUGGUGGGCGCUGCGAAACGCCGACUCAUUUGAAUGACAAAUUUCUUCGGUAUUUGGGCGAAAGUGAGCUCUGUUACAUCUACACAUCUGAUGCUAUCAUUGUGAUAUGUACACUUUGUUUAAUGAUGCUAAUACUUAUCUGCUGCUUUGCGGUAGCUUUCAAAAACUGUUUUAUCGGAAUGUGUAAAAGUAGUUCCACAUAUAGGCCUAGUCGGUCCAGUCAACAGCAAUCUAAUUCACAAAGUAGACGUCGAACAAGUCGGGAAGGCGUAGAAAAUUCCGCCGCAGAGACGGACGAUCACACUAUUGUUACUGUUGAUGGAGCGAUGUCCGCUGAUUCUGUUGGGGGAUGGUGUAUACACGAUAUAGAUCCACCUGGCUAUGACGCAGUCGUAGGAAAAAAUAAUGAAAACAUGGAUUUCAUGCAAAUGACUUUGCAAAACGCAGAUGACGCAGAUUCGAUGACAGAUAUCCCUCCACCUCCAUACGUUGAGCAUGCUUUUGCUUAAGUAUUAUAAAAACACCCAAAACGUAUGCUUAAUAUGUGUCGUUAAUGUUAGACUUUAAGUAACUACCUAAAUAAAAUAUUUUUAAACAAUGUUCAAACCAAUAGGGGUCACGCUGAUGAUCACUGCUUACCUCAUUGCGGAGUUGCCUGUAUGAUGUGUGGCCAGGUUUUUGAUCC